AUUGUGUCCCUGAUCAUCCGCUAUCAUGUCAGAUGCGCGACUGCUGGAGGUCUUUGCGCUGACCAAGGCGCUGGUUGACAUCCCAUCGGCGUCGCGCGACGUUGCCCAGUGCCGCGUCUGCCUGAGCUUCAUCCAAGAGUACUUUGCUGGAACUGCCUGGCACCUGACGCCCAUCGCCAAGAGCCCCAGCGCCUCCCCAAUGCUGUACAUUUCGUCCAAGCCGUGGCCUGCGUCGGGCUCUGGCGCCAAGCCGUUCAGCAAGGUGCUCAUCCUGGGCCACGUCGAUGUCGUCCCAAUGGCGACGUAUGGCAUUGAAGGCGAGCCAACUGGCGUUAUUCGCGGCCGUGGUGUCAGCGACAUGAAGGGUCCCGUUGCUGCACUCAUGCAUCUGCUCAAGUCACUCAAUCCUGCAAAUCUCGAUCUGGCCAUGCUUGUCGUGACUGACGAAGAGAUCGGUGGCAUCGACGGCGCCAAGUUUGCCUUUGCGGACGCCGAGGGACCGCACAUCUCGUGCGACAUGUGCCUGUGCCCUGACGGUGGCGACAAUUUCAAGCUCGUAACGCACGAGAAGGGCGUUUUUCGCAUCGAGCUGACCGCGUCCGGCAAGUCGGCUCACAGCGCUUACCCUUGGAACGGCGACAACGCAGUGCUGACGCUUAUCGACGAGAUUGGUCGAGUCGGUAGCAUCCAGCACGAUGGCAAGCCCGUCUUUGACAACGUUGGCCCGCAAUGGCACUCGACAUGCGUUCCAACCAUCAUUCAAGGCGGCCAAGUGAUCAACCAGGUGCCUGGAUCAGCAUCUGCCAAGAUUGACAUGCGCUUCACUGAGACAUGGACACUGGACACGCUGAAGACUGUCGUGUUUGGCGCGCUUGCCUCCAGCCCCAAUGCCUCAAAAAUUCGCGCCGAGGUUGUAUUCGAACAACCAAUGCUGCUCUGUCCUCCGGAGCUGCCGUGCAUGAUUGCCACCAAGAAGGUGAUGGAGGAUCAUGUUCAUCAUGAUGUCGAGUAUUCUCGUGGCCACGGCACUUCGGAUGGUCAUUGGGCCGAUUUUCCAGUUGUCAUGUUCAAACCGAUUGGCGGAGGUUUGCACCAAGACGAUGAAUGGGUGGAUUUCCCUUCCAUUCUCACCUUUUACGACAUUUGUGCUGAUGUGAUCAAGCUGUUUGCAUAGAGAGGCGUCUCUAAUUCCGAACAGAAUUUUUUGACUGGGCCACCAUUACGCCCCUGAUUUUAAUUCCGAACAAGAGUGUUUUUGGGCCACUAGUCAAUGCAGAAGCCUCUAAUCCACUCCCUUGCUUGAAAUUAUAGUAAAACCAGUCUUCUUUUAU